GAUUUCUAGUCGAAACACUUGUGACUUAUUUGGAUGAAAAUGAAGUUUUUAAUCGUUUGUUCAGUGAUUUUGUUUGUAGUCAUGUUAGAGACAAAGGCAAAAAUGAUUGGAGGUCUCCAAGAUGUGGACACUAAUGAUGCAAAUUUGGUGCCUAUUAUUGAAUUCACGGAAACAAUGCUUAAUAGAGGCGUUAACUCUAUAUACAGCCAUAAAAUUGGCAAAAUAUUGAAGGCUCAGAAACAACUGGUGGCCGGAGAUAAGUUUUAUUUGACAUUUGAAUUCAACCGAACCAAUAGCCCCAAGGGUCAGCCCAUCUCCAAAAAUUAUGAAAUAACGUUUCAAUACAUAUCUAGAUAG